UAAUAUUCAAGGGAAGAAGUUAAGAAAAUAACUCACAACUUUAAUAAUCAACAAGCUUCAAGAGCAACACCAAGAAAUGGGAGUUUAGCUCCUCAUUUGGAGACUAAAAGAAAUACUAUUCUAAACUGAGCUUAAGAGAGUAUGUGAAUUGGUAUCUGAUUGUGAAGGGAAAGAGGUGUAUUUAUAGGCGUUUUGGGAGUGCAGCUCGGGUACCCGAUCGAGUACACAUAGGGUACCCGAUCAGGUAUGUGUAAAAAUGUUAAUUCGAAGCAUACUCGAUCGAUUCCAGGGUAGAAAUAAAAGGCAUACCCGAUCGGGUGUGUCGGUGUAUCCGAUCGGGUAUGACAAUCGAUCGUGGCCAAAUCUUUCCCUGCACGUCCCUUUGUUUCCUGAAGCGAUUUGAUUGAAAAUCAAGUUGAUACUCGAUCGAGUAAAGGGUAUACUCGACCGGGUAUAGGUCAAAAUCAGGAAUUUCCUUCUUUUUGUCUUGUGCUCUUGCACCUUCCUUCCUCUUUUGGGUUCAUCAAAGAUCAUUUGAUUGAUCUUGCACCUACUUUAGCUCAGAAUAGACCUAAUCUAAACAUAUUACAACUAAAUUACAAACAUAACUAUUACACCAAAAGUGUGUAAUUUCUGAAAUAUCAAACAACCAAAACUAGUUAAAAAUAUAAACAUACACACGGAAAUUACAAGCGUAUCAUGCACACUAGGCUGCUGCCUGAACCGGACCAAAUUAAACCGGUUCGUAUUUGUGGAGCCCGGUUCAACUCCAUCCAGGCCGGUUUUGGAUGAGGUCAAACCGGUUCCUACCUUUUUCGAUCAUUCCGGAUUCAACGGUGAGCUCUGUUUGUCCAAAUUAGGCUUCUAAAUAAGGUACAAGAUUUAUUGAGCGUUUUGUUAUGGAUAAAUCAUCAUCGGACACCAAGAGUAGCAUCUGAGAAACGUUUGUAGCUUUUAGCAUUAGUUAGUCUGAACAACUUGUAUACCAAACGGAACUAAAUCAAACAAUCGGCUUUUUACCAAAAGUCUACCAUCUUUUCCUUUUGAGAUAUUUUCAGUCAUCAAAAACUAACAUAUACUAAAAAAAACUCAUGAAAGUAUCUUUUCAGCUACUUGUACCAAACAUUUUCACAUGAACCUAAACUCCCCAAAUAUUGUAUUUUCAUAUACACACAUAUGAUUUAUUAUUAAUUUCUUUUUUUAUAUCUAUGAAUGAUGAUAUAAAAUUUAUAAACUUAUCUCUCCAUCUCUAAGAACUGUCAUCUUUGAAUUUUGUCUGGUCAAUCAAGUUAAACUUUGAUACGGCAUUAUUUAUAAUAUAAAUUAAAAAUGAUAUGGAAAUAUUCUUUGCUAAAAGAUACUCCCUCCAUUCCAUAAAAUUCGUUUGACUUGCCUUUUUGGGAUGUACAAAAAAAAUCUUUCAUUUUCUUUUUUGGAAAGUUUUGUGUGACUAACAUUCAUUUAUAUUUUCCUUACUCAACCACAACCAUAAAUUUUCACUUUGUUUCCACUUUGUUAAACAUUGAUCCAAGUCAAACCCGAAUUUUAUUGGAUGGAGAGAGUACUUUUAUUAGAGUAAAAAAUGUAUAACUUGGUAACAUUAUACUACCUCCGUCCCUAAAACUUUCUCAUCUUUAUCUUUUCAAGUCAAUGGUGGUAAAGUUUAAACCAUAAUUUUAAUUAGUAUAAUAUUAUGAAAGUUAUAAGUUUUAUAAUUUGAGAAAGUACUUCUAACAAACAAUAUUUUCAUAUAAUCUGAAUAUUAUAAAUAAUUUCUUAUAAAAACAUAAUAUAUAUAUAUAUAUAAGUUGAACAUAAUUGACCAAAAUUCAUUAAUAGCAAAGUUUUAAGGGAGCACUAAUAUAUUAAAAUAAUAAUAUUAUUAUUGGAGCUGAAAAGUCAAAGAUGAUAAUGUUUCAUUGUUUUGAGGGAGGUUUGAGUAACUUUCUGUUUGUUAUAGGCAUUAGAAAGUUACUCAAUGACACAAAUGUUCUUAUCUGGCAUUGAGUAACAUUUGUGGCUGGGAAUUAUUUCCGGCAAUGGCAGAUGACAGUCCGUCCAUUUGAAUUGCUGGGUUCAUUCUUGGUGUUGGCGAAUUUGUUCGACAAGCCAAGUUAUCCCGCCUCUAUCCUACCAAUAGCCUGGUAUUGAUCUCAUCUAAUCUCUCUGCAUGCGUGCUAAUAUAGAUCAGAAAAGGGAAUAGAUUUAUGAUAUACGUACCUACAUAUAUGAGGCAGAGAAGAUCAGUACGUAUUUUGUUGCGCUGGGUCUUCAAUUCAAUUCAAUUCAAUUCUUGGUGGAGAUGGCGGAAAGCGGUGGUUGGCCUCCGAAGCUGCAAGUGCCAGGGAUGACAAAGGAUCGUUGCGAGGCGCAGAUACUGUUGCAUUCGCCGGGCCUAUGGGGCGACGGCUCCGACACCUACCAAUAUUUCUUCUUCACUUACACGCUCCCUCGUCUCCUGUUGCAGAUCUCUGUCAUCUUCGCCCUCACCCACUCCCUCUAUCUCCUCCUCAAGCGCUUCCGCUUGCCCCGCAUCGUCUCUGAGAUCCUGGCAGGGAUCAUCCUGGGGCCAACGCUGCUGGGUAAGUACAGGAUCACAGAAAUGUUCAUCCUCAGGAAAGAGGGAGAAGGCUACGUGGAUUUACUGUCCAAAAUCGGGUACAUCUUCUUCAUAUUCCUCAGCGGAGUGAAGAUGGACCCUGGAAUGAUAUCCAGGACAGGCUCGAAGGCGUGGACCAUCGGGGCCGUGGCCGUCGUCGUCCCCUACACCGCCUUUCUCAGCUUCAGCGAAAACAUCAUCCAGAAAUACCCCCAGAUCCACAGAUACCGGUGGCCCGCUUUCGGGAGCAUCCUGGGCAUCCAGAGCAUCUACGCCUUCCCCGUCAUCGCCUUCCUCCUGGUGGACCUCAAGAUCAUGAACUCCGAGCUGGGCCGCCUCGCGCUCGCCACCGGCCUCAUCACCGACCUGCUCAGCAACCUCAUCUCCACCGUCAUCUCCAACAUCAAGAUGGGCACCAUGGCCGCGAUGCCCGUCCUCUCCGUCCACGCCUUCAUCCUCACCCUCGCCCUCGUCUGCCUCUUCGUGCUCACGGUCCGCCCCCUCUCCUCGGCCAUCAUCAGGCGCACCCCGGAGGGCAAGCCCGUGGACACCGUCUACAUCAUCGUCAUCUCCUUCAUGGUCUUCUGCUCCUCCAUUCUCACCGACAACGCCGGCCUCAACUUCCAAUACGGCCCCUUCAUCCUGGGCCUGGCCGUCCCGGACGGGCCACCGCUCGGGUCCACGCUGGUGGAGAAGUUGGACACCGUCGUGUCCGGCCUCCUGGCCCCCCUCAUGGUCACCUAUUGCGGCACCAAGGUGAACCUGGUCGACAUGUACGACCUCCAGUUCGUGUUUUACGUCUGGCUCACCCUCCUCCUCUGCUACGCCGUCAAGUAUCUCUCCAUCUUCUCCCCGGCCGUGGCGUGCAAAGUCCCCGUCAAGGAUGCCGCUUCCCUGGCCUUCAUCCUCAGCACCCAGGGAGUGGUGCAGCUCUCCUUUUACCUCAACAACAUCAUCAACCAAACCUACGACGCGGAGACAUUUUCGACGCUCACGGUGGGGGUCAUGAUCACGGCCGCCGCCUCCCACAUCCUCGUCGCCUCGCUGUAUGAUUACACGAGGACGUACACGGGUUACCAGAAAAGAGACAUCCAGCACAUCUCGCCCAACUCCGAGCUCCGGAUGUUGGUGUGCGGUCAGCGAUUGGAUGACGUUGUGGCGGCGAGGAAGUUGCUGCAACUCUCCUCUUCUUCCCGAGAGAGCCCCCUCUCGGUGUACUCGCUGUUCUUGGUGGAGCUGGUGGGGCGUGCCACACCUUUGCUGAUUGACCACCAGUUGGGGCAAAGGAACAGCGGCGGCGCCUCCUCUUCCUCCCGGUCCCAGAAAAUGGUCGACGUGCUUAGGUGGUUGGAACAGCAGGAUGUGACGGGGACCACCAGCGUGCAGUUCUUCACGACCAUAUCGCUGCAGAAGUUCAUGCACCACGACAUAUGCUCCCUCGCAUUCGACAAGCUCGCAGCCAUGAUCGUCCUCCCCUUCCACCGCAAGUGGAACCAGCAAGGGAAGCUCGUCCAGGAGAACAACAGCUUGAGGGUCAUGAACAAUUGCGUCUUGGAUAUGGCCCCUUGCUCCGUCGCCAUUCUCAUAGACCGCCACAAGAUGAUGACGCCAACGCCCAAGAGUAUGACCGCAUCAGUGGCAGUCAUUUUCCUUGGAGGGGCCGACGACCGGGAGGCUUUGGCCUACGGCCGGCGCAUGUCGAGGUCGCCUGCGGCGGUUCAUCUCACGGUGGUCCGGUUCGUGCCGUGGGACCCAGAUGCGGCCGACACCCAGUGGGACGCGGUUCUCGAUGCGGAGCUAUUGAAGGAAACCCGGCUCCUGGGGCAGCACCAGGACAAUGUGGUUUACAGAGAAGAGAGGGUAAAGGACGGCGCAGAGACUGCUCUCACAAUUCAUGACAUGGAAGAGGCUUUUGAACUUAUCUUGGUGGGAAGGAGACACAGAGAUGAUUUGCCCCAGCUGUUGGGGCUGAGCGAGUGGAAUGACAUCCCAGAAUUAGGGCCCAUUGGGGACAUGCUCGCUGCAUCCGAAAUUACCUCACCUGUCUCCAUUCUCGUCGUCCAACAACAAUAUACCAAGACAAAUAAAUAAUUCAUACGCAAUAAUGAAAUCAUCAUACAACUUGUCAUGGAAUAUAUGGACUAGUUAGUGGAGAAAAAUGUGACAUUUUAUAUUUUAACGAUUAUAAUAGUAGCUUAG